UCAAGGCUUAACUCUCAACUCCCAACUGCUCCGUUUUCGUCAACUAUCACUGUGUUGGCGAGGGUUCCUUCAGCUGCUGCAUUUGAAGCUUUUUCUUCAGAUCCGUCUUCGUUUUUGAGAUUGCUUAGUUCGUUUUGAAACAUAUAGCUGAGCUUUAGUACUACUCGUGGCCUUCAUUUCUAGAGAGUACUUUGAAAGUGUCCAGAGAGACCGGGAAACAGAGGGUGAGAGAGAGAGAGAAGCUUUUUCCGGAUACAUAUGAUGACGAAGGAGAAAGAAGAAGAGCUCGCACUGUUCGUUGACAUGGACAAUCGGAAGAAUAAUCUACUCCUCCCUCACAACUCUUUAGAGUCAAUUCCACCGCCCCGCAAGGGCCGCGCCGAUGAAUUCUGGAACUUGGAAAAUGACAAAUCUGAUCAUGACGGGCUUAUACCGCUGGAAACCUCACUUUUUCCUUCUUUGGAGAAGGAUUCAAAGAAAACUGUAUUGAGUCAGAUUGAGAUUCCUAAUACUCUUCCCACUGCUCAGAAAUCUAGGCUGACUAAGAUCCCAGCAGAAGCUGCUUCAAGGAGCAUUAUGCCGCCAAAGCAGCCAAAUUUACCAUCUGGACAAAAUUCUUCAGGCAAUGAUAAUGAAAAGCCUUCAUUAUCCAGUGGCUUGACUGCUCCUAGACCCGCAACACCAACGGGACGGCCCACAUUACCCUCUGCAACAAAACCCUCAAGAUCCUCCACACCUACUUCACGAGUCACCUUUGGUUCCACUAAGAAUGUGGCUCCAAAGGUAAGAAAUACAACUUCUAGAUCCACUUCUCGGUCUUUAACACCAACUUCCAGACCUUCCUUACCAGCUUCGAAGUCAACAUCAAGAUCAGCCACACCAAACCGUGGACCAUUGACCUCAUCAAUUGCACCUAGUUUAUCUGCUCCUCCUAGUCGAUCUACUUCAGCACCAAAGUCAGCACCCACAAAUUCGAGAAAUCCGUUAUCAUGUGGAAGUUCUUUAAAAACUAAAUCUAGGUCUUGGAAACCCUCUGAGAAGGCUGGUUUCUCCGCUGAGGCUCUACCACAUUUAAGGACAUCAUUUCCAGAGAGGACAGCUUCAGCCUCUAAGGAUAAGCCGGAAGCUCGGUCAUCUUCUAUCAACUCUGUUUCAAGUGGGAAAACGAGAAAACAAUCAUGCUCUUCUUCUAGAGGGCGAGCUUCUCAUGGCAGUGCCUAUAGUAAUGGAAUCACCACUCAAGAGAAUAGUAGAUCAAGGGGAAAUGACAGCGAGAUAGAUAGCCCUGUGCUUAUUGGAACAAAGAUGGUUGAAAGAUUAGUAAACAUGAGGAAACUUGCACCACCAAAGCAAGAUGAUGGUCGCUUUACACAUAAUAAUCAAGGUAGUAAGUCCUUGUUCAGUGACAGUUCGGGCUUUGGAAGAACACUUUCAAAGAAGUCUCUGGAUAUGGCUUUGAGGCAUAUGGAUAUAGGACGAAGCAUCCAAUUAGACCUAUGCCCAGUUGUGACAAACAUUCCUGCUUCGUCUAUCUACAGUCUGAGAUCAAGACCCGCAAAAAUGACAGUUAGUGCUGUUGACUCUCCUCUUGCUACUAGCAGCAAUGCUAGUUCGGAGCCAAGUGCCAAAAAUCGAUCAUUUUGUUUAGAUGAGAGCGAAAUUGAAGACGAUCAUGAGCCAAGCAAGAGAGGAAAUUCCUCUCAUGGUAAGUGACCAAAAAUAUCAUCAAUCCAAAAGACAGUGCAUGCUAGUCAUUGCUUGGAGAUGUUUUAUUUGUACAUGGUAGGCUAACUAUCAACAUAUCUUAGCAACAACCCGUUAUGAACAAUUGCAGAGAUAUUUGAGUCAUGUUAUCAUCUAAACUAUAUUAUUCGAGAGGACUACUUGGUAUCCGGAAUUUGAAAAA